AUGUUUGCAGCGUCCCUAUACAACCUUCGCGCCAGCUCAACAAUAGGACCUUUACCAGACUCGGUUGCGAUAGUGGAAGACCUGCCCACAGAUUUCGUUGGGUUCAGCUGGCACACGCCUUGGGGUUCCAACAACGACAGCGAAGCCGACCAGCUUUGGGACAACAUCAACACUGCCCACGGCCAUAUCGCAGUGGACCGGGACUGGGCCACGGCGCAUAAUUGGGCACCGUCUAUGGACAUCCCCGGGCAGCCUGACAAAUCCAUGUACCUCCUCGAAGCGUAUCAUCAGCUCCACUGCCUCCGCCUCAUACGACGAACAUUACUUGACCUGUAUCAUGGAACUCCUCCACAAUGGCCUAUCUCUCACACGCGGCAUUGCUUUGACACACUGCGCCAACAUAUCAUGUGCCACGCUGACAACACACCCCUUCAUGGUGCUGGAGACCACAUGGCAGGCGACGGGCAGAUACACCGCUGCAAGAGCUGGACAGCACUGCGUGACUACGCGACGGCGAACACGGCCUGCUUCCACGAUGGGCAGCCUGGUUGGACCCUGGAAGACCACUUCUCGAAGUGUGAUGAUGGCACAGACGGACUGCAGUAA